AUGAACGAGUCCACCGAAAUAACUUGGCCUGAACUUACGCACAUACUAGUCAAAAAGCACAAGAAGAAAACGUCAGAUUUAUCGGAACAUCCCAGUCGGCCUUCGUUCAACGACGCCGAAGAGGCUCUGAUGACCGUGAUGAAGGAGAUUCCCCAAGACAGCAACCUCGCAAAGAAGCAAGCUCUUAUCCGAGAUGGUUAUAGGUGUGUGGUAACUGGAAAGUAUAACUUAAACAUACCGGCAAGCUUCGACGUCAACGAAGAGGAAGUGAAGCGAGUUGGCACAUGCUGGACAGAAUGCGCACACAUUGUACAAGAAUCGAUAUAUUCCAACAUAUCCAAUGAAGAGUCCCUGACCUCCAUCGCGAAAAGAGACUCUUCUGCUUCGCUGCUCACUGUCUUGAAGCGUUUCGGUUACGACGUAGAAAAUAUCAACGGCGACAAAAUGCAUUCGCUACAUAAUGUCAUGACAUUAGAAAAAAACGUCCAUGAGCAUUUCGAUCGCCUAGAGUUGUGGUUCGAGGCAACGGAAAUUGAACACUGUUAUCGUAUAAAAACCUUUAGCAAAUCGAUACAGGUACCUAACACAACGACAUUCGUGCGUUCCGGCACCCACUUGGACUCUCCACUUCCCUCCCCUGAACUUCUUGCUCACCAUGCGUCGUGCGCCAAGGUUGCUCAUCUCUCGGGGGCAGCUGAAUACCUUGACGAGCUGGAUCGGGAUUGGGAUGAUCUGCCCGUAUUGGCGGCCGAUGGAAGGUCAUCCAAUGUAUUGAACAAUGCGCUUUUGCGUUCAUUGAACUCGAUAUCAUCCCUAGUCGGCGUUGAAGUGUGA